GAUUCAUGGUCUAUUUCGUAUCAGCUGUCGGUAAUGUGAGCCAGAAAUGCAUUUACAGAAUUUGCAUUUGUUUAGAUUUGUAGAAAGAAGAAAACAAUACUCGAGAAAUCCCAUAGUACUGGCUUAUAAAAGGACUCGCGCGAACGAUAUGAAUAUCUAAUAUAACUUAUUUUAUUGUCAGGGGGAAUUUUUUUUAAUUUUUCAAUCGGAGACUAUUCUAUAUUUGUUCAGUUCGUUGUUUCUGAAAAUGCGAUUAAGAACGACACUGAGGAUGAAAAUUAUUAAACGAUUGAAAAACGAAACCGCGUGAAAUGGAGAGAGACAGAUAGAAAGUGUGGAGGUUAUUUUUAUUUUGAGGGUUGAAUACUGUGUAAGUUAUCUGCCCGUCUAGCAGUUUGAAAUGAUUGAAUAACCUCCUUGACAUUCGAAGAUGGCAGCAACCACAACAGCUGUGAUAGGACAGCAUAGAAGCACGAGACGAGGCACCAGUAUAAAAGGCAAAACACACAACAAUAACAACCAGUAGAGUGAAACUACAAGUGGAAUACGGCGAUGUCCUUUAAGUAAAUAGAGAAACACGAUCAGAGAAAUAUCAUCUGGAAGUUUUCACUAGAAGAAAACAUUCCUAUAUUUUCUUUUUAAUUUGGAACCGCUAGGAUUGCUUUACUAUUUACUAUUCCACUUCAAUAUUUAACGAAGUAUUCCUAUGAAUUUAUUCGUGAAAUAUCUGGCUGGGUAUAAUCAACGAUUUCUGUUAUUAUUAUCACAUGAUGUUAACAUAAACAAGUCCUCGGGUACAUCCUAUUGCGGUCUGUAAGGAGUAAAUAGUCGCUAACUAAUUACAAGUAAAAUGAAUAUCAAUUUCAAAUAUAUAUAUACAUAUAUUUAAGGAAUAUGUAAAAUAUUUAUAAUAAAUUAUCCAAUAAUUGUCGUGUAAAAAAACAAUUCAGUUGUUGAUCAAACUCGUCGUUCCAGACAACGUUGUUUAAAGUGAUUUUCUUGUUGGCUCUCAUAACUGUUAGCAACAGUUUAUUGGUAAUAAUACAAUUGUCAAUAUGAAACCCUUUAAACUCGUCCAACCCACUCUACGUUACGCUUGUUUAAAAAGGAAAACGUGUUCCUCGUCAUUGAUUUUCACCGGCAACAUUACUGGAGCUCAGAGCAGACGCUGUGUUCAUGGACUCACUCGAUGUUUUUCGUCUUCAUCCUUGCUAUUGCCAUCAUCGUCAUCAUCACCAUUAUCAGCGUUAUCAUCAGCACAGUCAUCAACAUCAACGGCGUCCAGUUCAACUACAGUACAGGUUCCCGAUCAAGCCAGGGUGGUCAUCUGUGGCGGCGGUGUUGUCGGCUUGUCUGUUGCCUACCAUCUCAGUCAACGAGGAUGGACUGAUGUGGUUGUACUCGAGCAAGGAAGGAUAGGCUGUGGCACAAGUUGGCAUGCUGCAGGACUGGUUGGACAAAUAAGAAGUCACAAAGUUCAAGCUGACAUUUGUACAUAUAGCAGGAAUCUCUACAAAAGCUUUGAAGACCAAGGCCACAGUGUUGGUUGGAAGCAGUGUGGGAGCUUGCAACUAGCUCGCUCGAAAGACAGACUCAUCUACUUCCAACGAGCAGAGGCCAGAGCCAAACAAAAUGGUCCAGAAGCACACAUUAUUACUGCUAAAGAGGUUAAAGAUAAAUGUCCAGAAAUCCGUCAUGAAGAUCUCGAGGGUGCUUUAUGGGUACCUGGUGAUGGUGUUGUUAAUCCAACUGACCUUCUCAUGGUCUAUGCUAAGCUAGCAAAAGAAAAAGGUGUUAAAAUUUUUGAAGGCAUCCAGGUUUUCCAAAUCCCAACAGAAAACCUCAAAGUAUCAACUGUGUUAACAAGCCAUGGCAAAAUCCGGUGUGAAUAUUUCGUCAAUUGUGCAGGAAUGUGGUCCCGAGAAAUUGGUAAAAGGACCAUUCCCCGUGUACGUGUACCUGUACAUGCUUGUGAACAUUUCUACAUUGUUACUAAACCAUUUGGUAAUAUUGAUCCUAUGAUGCCAGUUGUAAGAGAUUAUGAUGGCCAAGUAUACAUUCGUGAAUGGAGUGGAGGAGUUCUGGCUGGAGGAUUUGAACCUCAAGCCAAACCAGUCUUUCAUCAUGGUGUUCCUGAAAAUUUUGAAUACCAACUUCUUCCUGAAGACUGGGAUCAUUUCCAAGUUCUUUUGGAGCCAAUUCUCCACCGAUUUCCUGGUGUUGGAGAAGCUCAGGUCCGACAACUUUUAAAUGGUCCAGAAUCAUUCACACCUGAUGGAACGUAUAUUGUAGGAGAAUCUCCUGAGGUGGAUAAUUAUUUUGUAGCUGCUGGCAUGAAUUCUUCCGGAAUUGCUGGCUCAGGAGGUGUUGGUAAGGAGGUUGCUGACUGGAUUGUAGAUGGUACCACCAGUAAGAAUCUAUGGUCUGUUGAUGUGAGCCGAUUUGUUGACUUACACAAUAACAGAAGGUUCCUGCGGGACAGAGUAAAAGAAGCAGUCGGACAUCUUUAUGCUAUUGGUUACUCAACUGAAGAGUAUGGGUCUUCUCGUAAACUAAGGACAUCUCCAUUACAUACCAGGCUUGAAGUAGCAGGAGCUGUCUUUGGAGAAACUAAUGCCUAUGAAACACCAAUGUGGUUUGUUCCUAAUGCUGAUGAUGAGUUUGUUGAGCAACGAAUGUCACAGGGAACAUUCAGUAAACCAGAUUGGUUUAAUAUUGUCAAAGAUGAGUAUUGGGCUUGUAAAGAGAGGGUUUGCAUCAUAGACAUGUCUUCAUUCUCUAAAAUUGAAGUAAAGUCUGCCAACCAAGAAGCUGCUAACUUUUUACAGUAUCUGUGUUCAAAUGAUGUUGAUCUGGAUGUUGGUGCUGUUGUAAAUACAGGCAUGCAAAAUGAGUUUGGAGGCUACGAGAAUGACUGCAGUGUGGCACGGUUGAGUGAAAAUUAUUACUUCCUGAUCUCCCCAACUACUCAGCAAACGAAAAGUUUGGCAUGGUUAUUACGGCACCUCCCAAAAGAUGGCUCUAUCCAAAUUCGAGAUGUGACAUCCAUGUAUUCUGCAAUCACUCUGAUUGGUCCACAUGCACAAGAACUUCUUGCUGAAGUUACAGAAGCCUCCACAACAAAAUCAGACUUCAAAUUCAUGACUUGUAAGGUUGUUGAUGUUGGAUAUGCAAGUGGAAUUCGAGCAAUGCGUCUCACUCAUGUAGGAGAAGAUGGAUUUAUUUUAUACAUCCCUGCUGAGUAUGCCCUCCAUGUCUAUGACACGUUAAUGCGUGCAGGUGUUGACUAUGGAAUUCGUAAUGUUGGCUUCAAUUGUAUGAAAGAAUUGAGAGUGGAGAAAUUCUUUGCAAGUUGGGGUGUUGAUUUGACUCCCAUUACAACUCCUUUUGAAUGCGGUCGAGAAUUCCGUGUCAAGUUUAAUAAAAGAGACUUCAUUGGAAAAGACGCUUUAUUGCAACAACGUGAAGAAGGUGUUAAACAGAAACUGGUGCAUUUCUUGUUGGAAGAUCAUAACAUCGAUACAGAUCUUUGGCCAUGGGGUGGUGAACCAAUCUAUAGAAACGGUGAGUAUGUAGGAGAAACAACAUCAAGCGGUUAUGGUUUUACUUUAGAGCAGAUGCUAUGCCUUGGUUAUGUUUCAAAAUUCGAUGACAGAUAUCAACCAUGCAUCAUGAAAAAUCUUAAUGAAUUUAUUCUGGACAAAAAUGCCAAAUAUGAAAUUGAUAUUUCUGGUCAAAGAUUUCCAGCUAAAGUUGGAAUCUACACACCCAAAAAUGCUCUGACUAUUUCAGAGCCAUCUUUUAUUCCCGUCCCACACAGAACCAGAACAUGAUUUUUUUCCCCCCUUCUUUUCUUUCAAAUUGUUGUUUAAAAAUCUCAAAAGCUCAGCAUCUCUUGUCUCUUGAGAAAUAAUCUUUAUUUUGCAAUAUUUUUUGACAUGUUUUAUCUUGAUUUGAUACUUUCCCCCUCCCCUACAAAAAAUUUGUUUUUAUUUUUACAUUGUUUUUUUUUUUUAAUUUUUUUUUUAAUAUACUAGUUUACAGGUAUUAAAUUCUUUAAAAAAAAUCAAUGAAUAAUUUCAUAUCAGAAAGAUCUCAUUUUUUCUCUUAUUUCUGCUAUUUAUCAAUAACUAUCUUUUCUAAACAAGUUAAGAAAAAUAUCUUAUGAUGAAAUAUUUAUUUUUAUAAAUGAAUAAUAUUAACAUUCUUAAGUUAAAUAUUCUUUCUAAUUUAGUAAUACCAGUAAAUAAUGUCCAUAAAUUUUCUAAAAAUUCGAAAUUAAAAGAAAUAUUUACAUUUUCUAUUUAUUGUUUGUUUUUCAAUACCUGAAUUAUUGAGACACCUCAUGUAAGCAGUACAUAUACUUGUGAUUAACUGGUUCGAAAUAUCAGUAAAUAAAAAGGAAUGACACCUCUAACACUUUAGAAUUCAUAUUGAAUAUUAGGUUACUUAAGUAGAUUUUUUCUUAGAUGUUUUUGUAUCUCAACAAAUGUUUAGAGAAUACCAUUUAAUGGUUACAUGUCUCUCAAAGUAGCAAGUCUACCACUGAGUUUUGACAACUUGUUGAAGCUAUGUUCACUUUAACUCAUGCCUUUAAUGUUCUAAACAUUACAAUUCCUAUUUGUUCUUCCCAUAAAUACCUUGGCUUUCAUUUCUACCUGGAGAAGACAACAGAAACAAGUAACCCGGUAUCCCAGGACUUAAAAAAUAUCAUAUACAAGAGCAUUGACUACUAAUAGACAUAUAUAUAUAUAUAUAUAUAUAUGUUUGUAAUUUAAUAAUCAACUCUAAUGAACUUUUUUUUAUAAUUUUUAAAAUCUCUAGACAUACCACAUGUAUAUUCAUCAAACUCUUUUAAGUUAUUGUUUGUUUUUUUUUGUUUUUUUUUUCAAUUAGUUAAUUUGAGGAAGAAAGCAAUGCCUAUAAUUUUUUUUUCACAGACCCUCCUUGUAAGCAAAGGGAGAAGAAUUUGGCAGUUCAAUUUGAAUUGUUGCAGUUAAGUUGUUGGGAAGGGAAACGAUUUUGAUAAAUGGCAAGAAAAUGAAUUUCAGUUGGGAGAUGGAAAGAUGGAAGAAACUGAUACAUAAAAUGGAUUUAGGUGGAAUAUUGAUACUGACAGCAAGUUUAAACGAAUAAAGGCCUUUGUGAUAGCUGUGAAGUUGAGAGUUUCAGAUGAUACAGCUCAACAACAUUCAUGUGUUUGAAAAUGCUUGCUUAUAAGGCAGACAUCAUUCUGUGACGCAGUCUAAAAUAUAUAUGAGAUUAUGUUUGAACCAGCUGCUGUCUCAAAUAUAUAGACUAUACUUUAGUGUAGGUCAAAUCUGUGCUUUAUUAUAAAGUGUUAGCAGGUUUUGAAAAUAGUCUGGUGCUACAGAAGGAAAAACAACUUUUGUAAUUGACAAGGACAAUAUACAUAUAAUAAUAAUAAUAAUAAUAGUCUAGUUGAAUGUUUUAAAUUGGAAAGGAUAAAAAAGAGAAAUUAUUCUGUUUAAAAUUAAUCACUAAUUAAUUAUUUAAAAAGUUUUCUUUGUCGAGUAUUAUUGAAAAGUUACAACUGAUACUGGUGUGAAAAAAGGGCAGCUUACAGGUUAUGGACUGAAGGGGACUGGUUUUAAAAUAGUUUAUGGAUUUCAAGUCUGUUCAAUUUAACAGCUUUAUCCAAAUACUUUCUUUUCUAACUUUUAAAUAGAAAAUAAUCAAGUUCAUCAAAUAUGCACAAGCAUAAGAUGAUUAUAAAGUUUUUUUGUCAAUCGUUUGAAAGUCUUUGUAAGGACUCGGAUAUCAGGACCUUUUUUCUUUGCUGAAGGUACAAAUAAAUCUCACCUUAUAUUUAGGUGUAUAUGAUACUUGUUUCUUUUUUUUUGUUUUGUUUUUUUGCAGUCCUAGAAAAGAAAAAAAUAAAUCAAAACUCGAUCUUUUUUUAUUCCUUCUAAUCCUUCUCUUUGUUCUUGUUGAGUGAAUAUUUCUGUGAAAAUAGCUCGCAAUUAGCAGUAAUACAAAUACACCACAAUAACACAGAGAAAGGAUAAGCAGCUAUACAUUAAUCUUCACCCAUGAUAACAGAAUUGCAUUAAUUAAUAAAAUACUUGUUUAAUAUGUUUGUAAUUUCAUCAAUUUCUUCUUUAAAUAAAUUGAAUUCAAUACAUAA